AUGGCUGAUCGUAGUCGUUUUGAAAUUUUGGAAGAAAACAUUGAAUGUAUCAUUGAUCAUUGCAGAGAGGCGGGUAUUGUUGUGUGUGAUUACCAACCGAGUAUUUCAUUUCAAAAGAAGAUAAACGAUUUAGUUUACAAGUUACAGGAUGUCGACCGAAUGCAAGUGGACAUGCAAGAUGUACACGUUCCAAUCGAGUUAUUUUCUAAAAUUGAUUCUGGUCAAAAUCCUCAAUUGUAUACACGAGAGUGUAUGGAACAAGCAUUAGCUAAGAAUGAAGCAGUUCGUGGAAAGUUGGAUAGUCUUCGUCGUUUCCGAGCUCUACUUAUGUAUGAACUGUGUCGUACUUUUCCAAAUGAAAUGGCUAAAUAUCGUGCUGUACGUGGUGAUCCCGACGCACCAGUAGUCGUUGGGCCUACAAUGUCCAGUAACACCCAGUCAAAUGGAUCGGGCACUGAAACUGGUCCUGAGUCUGUCCCACUUCGGUAA